GGGCGCCGCAAUCACCUGACAGCGGGGAUGGAGGGUCAUGUGACGGCAGAGAUGACAGCGGUUUCCUUGUUGUGGGGUCUGUGCUGAGAGCGGUGUAUGGUGGAGAGAGGCCCCCGGACAAGGCUGCAGCACUGGGACAGCUAUAGCUCCGGCUCUAGGACGUGACCAUGGUGGACUUCCUGGCUGAGAACAACCUUUGUGGACAGGCCGUCCUGCGCAUCGUCUCCCGGGGCAACGCUAUCAUCGCUGAACUGCUAAGACUCUCUGAGUUUGUACCGGGGGUCUUCAGGCUGAAAGACAAGGCGGACCAGCAGAAAUAUGGCGAAAUCAUAUUUGACUUCAGUUACUUCAAGGGCCCUGAUAAUUGGGAGGGGAAGUUGGAGGCCAAACCAGAACUUCAAGAUCUAGAUGAGGAAUUCAGAGAAAACAACAUUGAAAUCCUCACAAGAUUUUAUUUGGCCUUUGAAAGUGUCCACAAAUACAUUCUCGACUUAAACAGAUAUUUGGAUGAUCUUAAUGAAGGAAUUUAUAUUCAGCAAACUCUUGAAACAGUACUUCUCAAUGAAGAUGGGAAGCAACUAUUAUGUGAAGCCUUAUACCUGUACGGGGUGAUGCUGCUGGUGAUCGAUCAAAAAAUUGAGGGAGAAGUGCGGGAGAGGAUGUUGGUUUCUUACUACAGAUACAGUGCCGCCAGAUCUUCAGCGGAUUCUAAUAUGGAUGAUAUCUGCAAACUGCUGCGCAGCACAGGGUAUUCCAGCCAGCCGGGAUCUAAGCGGCCUCCAAACUAUCCAGAGAGCUACUUUAGCCGGGUGCCUAUAAAUGAGACCUUCAUCAGUAUGGUGAUCGGCAGACUGAGAUCCGAUGAUAUUUAUAACCAGGUGUCGGCUUACCCUUUACCAGAACACCGGAGCACUGCCCUUGCCACACAAGCAGCCAUGCUGUAUGUCAUCCUUUAUUUCCACCCCUCUACCCUACAUAUUCAUCAAGCCAAGAUGAGGGAAAUAGUGGACAAAUAUUUCCCUGACAACUGGGUUAUCAGUAUUUACAUGGGGAUCACAGUCAAUCUCAUGGAGGCUUGGGAACCCUACAAAGCUGCAAAGACUGCGCUGAAUUACACUCUGGAUCUGCCCAACAUCAAGGAGCAGGCAUGCCGAUAUGCUGCCAUCAUGGAACGUCUACACCCUCAAGUGCAGCAGUUCCUGAAGGAGGGAUUCCUGAGAGAGGAAUUUGUACUGGAUAAUAUUCCCAAGCUGCUGAACUGCCUUAGAGACUGUAACGUCGCCAUCCGAUGGCUGAUGCUGCACACUGCAGACUCUGCUUAUGACCCAAAUAAUAAGAGACUCCGACAGGUAAAAGACCAAGUCCUGGCUGAAUCCAAGUACAACCCCAAGAUGCUGUUCCAGUUGCUGCUAGACACGGCUCAGUUUGAAUUCCUCUUGAAGGAGAUGUUUAAGCAAAUGUUGUCAGAAAAACAGACCAAGUGGGAGAACUAUAAGAAAGAAGGCUCAGAGCGUAUGACGGAACUAGCAGAUGUGUUCUCUGGGGUUAAACCUCUCACCAGAGUGGAGAAGAAUGAAAACCUGCAGGCCUGGUUUCGGGAAAUCUCCAAACAGAUCACGUCCUUAAACUAUGAUGAUUCCACAGCUGCAGGCAGGAAGACUGUGCAGCUCAUACAAGCCUUGGAAGAGGUACAAGAAUUUCACCAGCUGGAGAGUAACCUUCAGGUGUGCCAGUUCCUUGCAGACUCCAGGAAGUUUCUGCAUCAGAUGAUUCGCACAAUAAACAUCAAAGAGGAGGUGCUGAUCACCAUGCAGAUCGUGGGGGACCUGUCCUACGCCUGGCAACUGAUAGACAGCUUCACCUCGAUUAUGCAGGAGAGUAUAAGAGCCAAUCCAGCCAUGGUCACCAGACUGAGAGCCACAUUCCUGAAGCUGGCAUCUGCCCUUGACUUACCCUUAUUGCGUAUCAACCAGGCCAACAGCCCUGAUCUCCUGAGCGUCUCUCAGUAUUACUCUGGAGAGUUGGUCUCCUAUGUCAGGAAGGUUCUUCAGAUCAUUCCGGAGAGCAUGUUCACAUCUCUUGCUAAAAUUAUCAAGCUUCAAACCCACGAUAUAAUAGAAGUACCCACUCGCCUCGACAAGGAUAAACUAAGAGACUAUGCUCAGCUCGGGGGCAGAUAUGAGGUGGCCAGGCUGACUCAUGCCAUCUCCAUCUUUACUGAAGGAAUCCUCAUGAUGAAGACCACCCUGGUUGGAAUAAUCAAGGUGGAUCCUAAGCAGCUUCUGGAAGACGGGAUACGGAAGGAGCUGGUGAGACGCGUGGCAUUAGCGUUACACAAAGGUCUUAUCUUCAACCCCAGAGCAAAGCCCAGCGAGCUGCUGCCGAAGCUUAAGGAAAUGGCGGCCACCAUGGAUGGAUUUCACCGCUCCUUUGAAUACAUUCAGGACUAUGUCAGCAUUUAUGGCCUGAAAAUUUGGCAGGAAGAAGUGUCUCGUAUUGUGAACUAUAACGUGGAACAAGAGUGCAAUAACUUCCUCCGCACCAAGAUUCAGGAUUGGCAGAGCAUGUACCAGUCCACACACAUCCCCAUUCCAAAGUUUCCUCCUGUAGACGAGUCUGUGACAUUCAUUGGCCGGCUGUGUCGUGAAAUCUUGAGAAUAACCGAUCCCAAGGUAACUUGUUACAUAAACCAGAUGAACACCUGGUACGACACAAGAACUCACCAAGAGGUGAUCAACAACCAUCUCUUCUCUGAGAUCCAAGACUCUCUGGGGACAUUUGGAUUAAAUGGCCUGGACAGGUUACUGUGCUUCAUGAUUGUGAAAGAACUCCAGAACUUCCUCCGGUUUUAUCAGAGGGUCAUUCUGAAGGAUAAAACUGCUCAAGAACCACUCAGAGCCUUGCAGAAAGUGGUCAGCCCAAUAAAGGGGAUUAUAGCAAAUUCUGCCAAAAUCUAUUCUUCUGCUAUUGCCAAAACCCAAAAAAUCUGGGCCCCAUAUCUGGAUUCCAUAAUGAAGGUUGGGCAGAUGCAGAUCCUACGGCAGCAAAUUGCAAACGAAUUGAAUUACUCCUGUAAAUUUGAUUCCAAACACCUUGCAGCAGCUCUGGAAAACUUCAAUGAAGCCAUUCUAUCGGACAUACAGGCCCAUUACCAGGACCCCUCCCUGCCCUGCCUCAAAGAGGACAACACUCUCCUGUAUGAGAUCACUGCCUACCUAGAAGCUGCCGGUACUCACAACCCCCUGAACAAGAUUUACAUCACCACAAAGCAGCUGUCCUUCUUUCCCAUUGUCAACUUUCUAUUCCUGGUUGUUCAGUUGCCCAAGUUGCAGUAUAACAAAAGUCAGGGUAUGACGUGCAGGAAGCCGGCUGAUGCCAUUGAUUGGCCGCCAUUGGUCCUUGGCCUCCUGACGCUACUGAAGCAGUUCCAUUCCCGCUACACUGAGCAGUUUCUGGCACUUAUUGGGCAAUUCAUUCGCUCUUCCAUGGAGCAGAGCACUAGCCAGAAGAUUCCAGAGAUGCCAGCGGAUGUGGUCAGUGCUCUCAUGUUCCUUGAAGAUUAUGUUCACUUCACUAAGCUGCCAAGGAGGGUGGUGGAGGCUCAUGUGCCUAGCUUCAUCUUUGAUGAGUUUAGAACAAUCCUUUGAGAGCCAGGAAGACUAUGAGGCUUACAUCCGAUCCCCGUGACCAUACAGCGGCCCAGGCCCGUGACCAGCCUCUGUACCGCUCCUGUCCUAAAGAACAUCAGCGUCUCCCAGUAGGUAGUCUGAUUAAAGGGGUACUCCCGUGGAAAACUUUUUUUUUUUUUUAAAUCAACCUGUGCCAGAAAGUUAAACAGAUUUGUAAAUU